AUGACGGCUCAGGUGGACUCUCAUCCUCCUAAAAGAUGCUUGGCUAAUGUUACAGAAUCUACAUACACUGUUGAACAGCUGGAACCUUUCACCUGUUAUAAGUUCAGGGUCUGGGCCGUGAUAGCAGAAGAACACAUGUGCUCUUUAGAAAGCCUUUGGUAUCAAACAGAACCGUUCGGGCUGCCAUCCAGUCCUUCCAUUGACAGUAUUGAGAGCCUGUCUGGAGAGAGUGUGGACGUCCACUGGUCUCCACCUGAGAAACCAGCAGGACCCAUCUUAGGCUUUAACCUCAACUUUACCACCAACAUACAUGUCAUCAGUGUAGCAACCGGAGGAAAUGUUUUCUUCACCACAUUCUUCCCAACACUCCACAACACUACAUACAGGAUCUCUAUAGCCGCUGUUAACAGGGAAGGUCAAGGUUCUGUAGCUGAAGCCGGUAUAACAACACCGGAACAAGUUGAGCAGGAUGGAGGCCGCUGGGUGUUUGCAUCCAGAUGGAACACACUGAGGAGAAGAGAAAAGAAUGCUGAUUUCUUCACUACAGCGGAAUGUCUGUCUGACACUCUUAUAGAAAGCAACAUCACAGGAGUGGCCAUGCACUACAGUUCAAACAAGGUCUAUUUUGCUGAAGGGACACAUAUUUGGGUUAAAGGAGCAGAAAAUCUCACCGACCACUCGGAUCUUAAGCUUCUUUACUCUGUUGAUGUGAAGGUCACAGCACUGACAGUCGACUGGCUUUAUCAGAGGAUUUACUAUGUCUCCAGCGGUAGUGUCUUUUAUUGUGGAAUAGAUGACUGUACUUUUCCAGUCCAUGUAAAUCUCACCCUACCCAGUGACCCUUUGGACAUUAUUGCAGAUCCAUAUAAUGGAUUUUUGUUCUUGCUGCUGCCCAACGGCAUAUUCCGCGCCCCUCUUCUUGGUCAACAAGACGAGAUGAGUCAUAUUGUGAACACAUCACCAAAAGCUCUGUAUGACUUGGUGGUCAGUUUCCCGAAUAAGAGGCUUAUUUUUCAUGACAGAAAAGAUCAGACUCUCAAAGCUGUAUCUCUGGAUGGGUUACAUGCGGUUACACUGUACACAAGCAUUAAGUUUGAAGCAACCAGCAUUGCUUAUGAGGAUGAUUUCUUUAUGUUCUCCGAUGGCCGUGCACUUUAUAAACAGGUUGGCCAGGGUCAGGUGGCCAUCUUUAAUGAAUUCCCUAUGGACUGUGAUGACUUUAGUAGUCAGUAUGAAGGAUUUGGAAAUAUUUGCUAUUUUAGUCCAUUGGCACAACCAUAUCCGGUGCCACAAAGACCGAGAAAUCUACAAAUCCUGUUUGGAUCAGAUAAGGCCAAUGUGUACUGGGAUAAACCGGAAAUAAUGAUCGGAGCAAGUUCAUCCGCCUGGCAAAAUUGGACUUAUUUUGUAAACUGCUCAUUGAAUGGGCUGCUGGUGACAAGCUUCAGUGGAGUAACUAGCACACAUGUAACAGUAUCAGAUCUGGAGAGCUCGCAUCGGUACUGUGUAUCUGUCAGAGCUUGUUCUCCUGGUGGAUGUUCGAGAUCAGUCUCUUUUGAAGGAUCAACUCUUCACGCUGUGGAUGAAGCACCAUAUAUAGUUGUUGCUGACGGUCGUGGCAUCUGGAAGCAGGAUUUGGAUAGCAAUGACUUUCUGGAGCCACUGGUGUCUAACAUCAAAGAUGUGAAAGACAUUGACUCGUAUAAUGGAACAAUCUACUGGACCAACAGUUCAGGUCACAUCAACUGGGUUGAACUGGGUGACCAGUCUCUAAGCGGCAAUGUCAUCACAAUUCCACUAUCCAUGAAAGCUGAAUCUGUGGCGUUUGACUGGCUGGGUCAGUAUCUGUACUGGAGUUGCAACUCAAACCAAGCAGAUGAUAAGAUUCUCAGUUUGGUCAUUGAUUCAUUGAAUGCUGCCAUCUACUGGACCACUAAAACAUCUGUGGAGGGUUGUAGACUGGAUGGAGAAGGAUACCAACUUCUGGAUAAAAUGAGUGUGUUCUCUGGGAGAGAGGUUGCUGGAAUUACUUUGAAUGUGAUGGAGAGUAGUCUAUAUUGGUUGGUGAAAGAUGGUACCAUGGUAAAUCUGUACAGAGCAAAUUUUAGAGGAGACAGGAUGCAAAAGUCUAAAGGGGUAGAAUAUGUCCAAUGGACCACGUCUCAAAUCUUCAAUCAUCAUGUGGGAUACUACAGCGGGCGACUUCUGUGGUUGGAUGAAAACAAACAGUUAAGGAUUCAGGAGAUGAACCAGACAACCAGUGUCCGCAUGUCUUCUACUAACACACUGACAGCUUUUUCUAUAGUACAGGAGAUGCUCAAACCUCUACCAGAUGGGUUCUUAUCUCCUCCUGUUGUCAUUCCACCUGCCGUUCCUAAAACCUCAGUUCGUGUUGAAGGGAAUCACGCAUUUUUCCAGAUUCUCUGGGAUGCCAGUAAUAUUGACUUUGGGAAUGUGUUUUAUUGUGUGGUCUCUAAGGAAACGUCGCAAAAUGCUGAACAACUUCAAAAUAACUAUCCAACCAGAUAUUGUCCGCCUGGAAAUUCAGUUUUUAAACCAGUCAUAAAUGUGACAAGAUUCAAGCCGGACACUGAAUUUAACAUCACCAUAACCCCCUUUUCAUACUGGGGUAAAGGAGUAUCGACAAGCAUGAUUCUGUUUACUCCAGGAAUGGACACUCCAAAACAUACAAACAUCACGUUGGUUAUCGUGAUCACAGCGAUUUGUGUUUGUGUUGCACUUAUUGGCAUCCUGGCUGCAGUCAUUUGGCAAAGACGUCAUAAGAAGAGAGAUCAUGGGACAUUUGUACAAACAGGUGUGCAUCUCCACACCGAUGAGGAGUUGGAGUAUAUCCGGGGUUUGGUUGGUCUUGGCAACGCAUGCUAUGCUGUCAGUGCCAUACCUGCCCAAAGAGAGAUAGAGUCCCUUCCUGUAUUUCCCCGGGACUGUCUGAAACUCCAAAGGCUGUUGGGCAGUGGAGCGUUUGGAGAGGUUUAUGAAGGGAUCACAACUGGCUGCCAAAUCACAGAAAUAGGGUCAGAGGAAAGAGUGGCUGUUAAGACACUGCACACCGGUGCCAGUGAAUAUGAGAAAGCUGAAUUCUUGAAAGAGGUUUCCCUGAUGAGCCAGUUCAAUCAUUCUAACAUCCUGCGUUUGCUUGGAGUUUGUCUGCUGAACGAACCACAUUAUCUCAUCCUGGAGCUGAUGGAGGGAGGUGACCUCCUUUCAUACCUGAGAGGAGCUCGUCCAACAAAUAACCGCAGAGAGUUAUUAAAUCUGACCAGUCUUCUGGACAUCGGUUUGGAUGCUGCUAAAGGGUGUGCUUAUUUAGAAAGGAUGCGUUUUGUUCAUAGAGAUAUUGCUGCAAGAAACUGUUUGGUUUCAGUAAAAAGCUACACGGACCCAAAUAGAAUCAUUAAAAUAGGAGACUUCGGAUUGGCCCGCGACGUGUAUAAGAAUGACUACUACAGGAAGAGAGGUGAAGGUCUGCUUCCCGUUCGCUGGAUGUCACCAGAAAGCUUAACCGAUGGAAUUUUCAAUAAAUUCUCAGAUGUCUGGGCGUUUGGUGUGCUCCUAUGGGAGAUUAUGACAUUAGGAAAGCAACCAUAUCCAACAUACACCAACCAUGAAGUCUUAAGUUAUAUCAGCCACGGUGGACAACUGCCUUCACCAACAGGGUGUGCUCAGAGAUUGUAUAAUCUGAUGAUGGACUGUUGGAAAAAAGAGCCAACUGAGAGGCCAAGCUUUCAGCAGCUACAGGAAACCCUGAAUAAAUUGCGGGAUUAUGAAGCUGAUAAAGAAACAAGCCAAAAUAUGACGCCGGGUCAUGUAAACCAAGCCUAUCAGGAGGAUGAUUUGUCAGAGGAGGUCUGCACAGGGGUGGAUGAAGAUGAAGAUAUGGAAACUGGACUUUCUCCAGUGCUCAGCAAUGACAGACUAAAUUACUUGAUGUAUAAAGCUGAGAGUCCAGACAGUGUCCAAACAGACACGACUACAGAGUCAGAGGAUCGAUAAAAUUAUGAAACUAGUUCAAAGUAACAUAUCAUGUAUACAUAUCAAAAUACGAAUAAAAACAUUAAAGCACUACAUAAGUCACUGGCAAAAACUUUGCUGGGCAACUUCGACUAUCGCAACUUUGCAGAAUAUGUGUAUGCCUAUAUAUUGUUUACAGUAGGCCUAUUAGUUGUUUUAAUAAAUAAAAUUUAUAAAUGUAAGUAAAUGAAUAAUAAAAGUAAUGCAUUUUAUGU